CACAGCAGCAGCAGCCAGUCACCACGGGAGGAAAAAAACACCGCCGCUUCCGUGUUGUUCUUCUUCUCAUAUUUUGGUCAGAAAAAGCGUCACUCGCGGCUCCGGUGUCACCGAACUCUGACUGUCAUGGUUCUGUGAAAAGCUCGCGAACAACUUCCCGCCCUCUCCCCCCACCCCGUCCCCACCCGACAUGAUGUCGCUGCUCCAGAGCUCCAAGAAGAAAGACAAGCGGGUUCUGUGCGGAACCUGCCCGGACCCCAAGUGUCAGGCUCGGCUCUUCUUCCCCGCUCACGGCUCCGUUAGCAUCGAGUGCACCGAGUGCGGACAGCGGCACGAGCAGCGGAACCUACUCCACGUCGAGGAGGUGACGGACCCGGAUGUCGUGCUCCACAAUCUGCUCCGGAACGCGCUGCUCGGCGUCACCGGGGCCCCGAAAAAGGGUACGGAGCUGGUGAAGGUGAUGGGACUGUCCAACUACCACUGCAAGCUGCUGUCCCCGGUCCUCAGCAGGUACGGCAUGGACAAACAAACAGGCAAGGCCAAGCUUCUGAGGGACAUGAACCAAGGUGAGAUGUUUGACUGCUCGCUUCUUGGAGACCGAGCUUUCCUGAUCGAACCAGACCAUGUGUCCACCAUGGGCUACGGCAAGGACCGGUCCGGAAGCCUCAUUUACCUCCACGACACACUGGAGGAGAUAAAGAAAGCCAAUGGGAACAGAGAGUGUCUCAUCCCGGUCCAUGUAGACGGUGACGGGCACUGCCUGGUCCACGCCGUGUCCAGAGCACUUGUGGGCAGAGAACUGUUUUGGCAUGCACUCAGAGAGAACCUCAAACAGAACUUCAAGCAGAACCUGGAACACUACAAAGCCCUGUUCCAGGAUUUCAUUGACUCUGCAGAGUGGGAGGACAUCAUCAACGAGUGUGACCCCCUCUUUGUCCCACCUGAGGGAGUGCCGCUUGGACUGCGCAACAUCCACAUAUUUGGUUUGGCCAACGUCCUCCACCGUCCCAUCAUCCUGCUGGACUCCCUGAGUGGGAUGAGGAGUUCCGGUGAUUACUCUGCGACCUUCCUGCCUGGCCUGGUGGCCGAGGAGCGGUGUCAGGGGAAAGACGGCAAGCUCAACAAACCAAUCUGCAUCGCCUGGAGCAGCUCCGGCAGGAACCACUACAUCCCGCUUGUGGGGAUCAAGAACACGAUGCUACCCAAACUGCCGGCCCAGCUGCUGCCCAAGGCGUGGGGCGUCCCGCAGGAGCUCAUCAGGAAGUACGUCAGGCUGGAAGCGGACGGAAGCUGUGUGAUCGGUGGUGACCGCAGUCUGCAGGAUAAAUAUCUGAUGAGACUGGUCAACGCCAUGGAGGAGGUGUUCAUGGAGAAGCAUAGCAUCCAUCCGUCGCUGGUGGCCGACGUGCACCAGUACGUCUACAGACGCACCGGUGUGAUUGGCAUCCAGCCUGAGGAGGUGAUCGAGGCAGCUAAGAGGUCAGUGACGGAGAACCGGCUGCACCGCUGCCUCAUAUGUGGCGCUCUCUCCGAGCUGCACGUCCUGCAGGAGUGGCUGGUUCCUGGGGGGAAGCUCUACAACUUGGCCAAAUCCACACAUGGUCAACUGCGACCUGACAAGAACUACAGUUUCCCGCUAAAUAACGUGGUCUGUUCUUACGACCCUCAGAGAGACCAGCUCGUCCCGGACUACAAACUGAGCUCCCUCAACACCUGCAACUGGUGCCACGGCACAUCAGUCCGUCGCAUCCGUGGUAACGGGUCGGUGGUUUACCUGGAUGGGGACAGAACCAACACCCGCUCCCAGGGGGGUAAAUGUGGAUGUGGCUUCAAGCAUUACUGGGAGGGAAAGGAAUAUGACAACCUUCCUGAAGCCUUCCCCAUCACACUGGAGUGGGGGGGCCGCGUGGUGCGAGAGACGGUGUACUGGUUCCAGUACGAAGCUGACACGGCAUUGAACAGCAACGUGUACGACGUGGCCAUGAAACUGGUCACCAAGCACUUCCCAGGUGAGUUUGGCAGCGAGAUCCUGGUGCAGAAGGUGGUGAACACCAUCCUGCACCACACUGCCAAGAAGAACCCAGAUGAGUACAAUCCAGUGUCCAUUGACGGGGCUCACAUCCAGCGUCUGACCGACGCAGUGGAGCCCCAGCCAGCGGCAGAGCCUCAGCCGCCCACAAAGAUAAUCCUGACUGGACAGAAAGCAAAGACGCUGCACAAAGAGGAGCUGACGAUGAGCCGGGCCGAGCGCAGCAUCCAGCAGAACAUCAGCGAGCAGGCGUCCAUCGCUCAGAAACGACGCACUGACAAGCUGAAGCAGGAGCAGAGAGGACACAGCCGGAUCUCAUCGUCUUCCCCCGGCGGGUCCCCAGAAACCUCCUCCUCCUCUGCUCCGGCCACGCCCACCAAAUCCUCCUCCCCCUCCUCAUCCAACAGGGAAAAGAAGAUCCGUGUGAGCACCAGUGAUGGCCGGCAGGCCACGCUUACCCUGCAGGUCCACACCACCUUCUCAGAGCUGCAGAGGAGUGUCGCCAACCAGUUCGGCGUGCCCCCGGCGCAGCAAUGCAUCCGCCAUGGCUUCCCGCCCAAAGAGCUGGUCACCCCGAGGGACGGCGAGGAGAACGAGCCCUUGGCCCUUCAGCACGGUGACAGGGUGACAGUGGAGAUACUGAGGGGCCCCGAGGACAAGGGCCCCGCCGCUUCCAUCCCUCUGGCGUCCAGCUCGCACUCCACUCUGCACACUGCAAAGAGUGAGGAUGGCGUGGCGUCCGGCAGGAUGAGCAGCCGGGACCUGCAGGACAGCAUCGACCUGGAGAUGUCCUCCCUCUGUCUCCUAGCAACCCUGAUGGGUGAAGAUGUUUGGUCGUAUGCUAAGAAGCUUCCGCACCUGUUCCAGCAGGGCGGCGUCUUCUACAACAUCGUCAAGAAAGACAUGGGUCUGAUGGACGGGAAACACUGCACGCUGCCUCACCUGACGGGGAAGACGUUUGUCUUUAACGCAGCUGAGCAACGUCUGGAACUCUGUGUGGACGCUGCUGGUCACUUUGUCGUCAGCCCCGACGUGGAAGAGCUGGUGAAGGAGGCGCUGGUGCAGCUGCGUGCGGAGGUGGCCACCAGGGGCAGCAGAGAGGGCAGUCCGUCACACGGCGGGGCGCUGAAGCUGGGCGGCGGUGGCGUCGUCCGCAAGAAGGAGCCGCUGCAGAACAUCACUGCCUUCCAGGGCAAAGGUCACUCCCUGGGCAGUGCUGGAGGGUCCUCCCCUCCGGAACAUCGGCCAAUCAGACGGCAGCACAGCAGCGGCGUGGACCUGAGCUCCAGCGUGACCAGUGGUCCACCCGACCUGUCUGACAUCCCCGAGGACGCCACCCGGGAGCUGGUCCGCAUGGCGCCGGGCUUCGUCACAACCAAGGACAGUCGCGGUUUGGACCCGGACCUAAUGGAGCAGCAGAGGAGGAAACUGCAGGAAAUGGUCUCCUCCAUCCAAGCCUCCAUGGAGCGCCACCUGAGGGAGCAGCAGAGCGCUGCAGCGGCAGGGGGCGGAGCCAGCCACGAGCAGAGAGGUGGCGGUCACUCACCUGCAGCUGUGUCCUCAGCGGACGGGAAAGAGGAGGAGCCUGAGGAGAUGAUGGAGAGUCAGGAGACCGGACAGAGCGGCUCCACUGAACCCAUGGAUCACUCCUGAUCACUCGCUGAACCCCCGGCGCUGCCCGGCCAGCCUCUGUGGGUCAUCACGCAGCCACAGGUCAAAGGUCAACGCUUCCGUCUUCAUCGUGUUUCCUUGUCUUUAACUGCAUGACUGUAACGUCCUGAGACGUGAGGCGGCGCGUCACGGACUUAACGUCCUUCCUCUCGCACCAAAAUGGCCGCCGUCCUGUUGCUGUGCGUUUGACCUUGCUCUCUGUCGCCACUGCUGGCGACACGACGGUGCCGUGUAGGAAAUAAUAAAUUCAUUCAUUUACUUCAUCUUAAGUUAAUGGUGCAUCACAAGCAAACAUCGUGCAAUAUGUCGUAUGUUUCUGCGACGGGAUUGCAUUGUCUGUGACUCGAGCACGAACACGCCGCUGGAUUCGCUGUAGAUCGCGAAAAAAACAAAAACCAACGUUAAAAAGUCUUAAUUUAAAAGUUGGCUGUGAAAACGCUUCAUCACCGACGCGUCUGCAUUUUCUUCACAGAGUUGCCGCUAAGUUAAAGCUGAAGGACCAAACUGCACCACCUACUGGUGACUCUGAGCUUCUGCAGCGUUUGACACUUAAAGGAAAAAAAAACCCUGCACAGUCGUCGAUUUCUAUUCUGCAGAAAUGUUAUCAAUCGUCGAAACCUUUUGCGAUAAACCAACCGGACCUUUAGUCAUAAUAGAAUUAGUGACACCUUGUGGCAAAAGUGCAGAUCAAACAAACGGAAAAGUGCGAUUGUCUUUGUCGUCAGAAAGGACACAGAGUCCUUAAAAAGUUAAAACGUUAGGGACAAGGGACAAAAUGUUAAAGUCACAUGUUAACGUGAACAGGUGACGUUUAUUGGGUUAAAAGAAUUAUGAUUUAAAAGCAGGAACAGUUUGUCAUGUGCUGGGGGCGCCAUCGUUUCCCUUAAGAAAAACACGAUAAAACCACAUAAUGCACCUUUUUUUUGUUAAAGGGACAGUUCAGUUUUUUUCUAUAAUAAAAACACUGAACUUUACCUUUAAAUAAGUGUUUUAUUUUAUAGCUCCGAGGUUUUCGUUUUGUUUUUAAGUUGUUGUGAAAAAAACAAACGUACAUGAGUUCGUGAGAAGUCGGAGCUCAGGCACCUGGCGAGUGUUUGUGUGUGUGUGUGUGUGUACCUGCUGUACUAAUAACAAUGUAAUCAGCUGUAAAAUAAUGGUAAAUAAUGUAGAAUAUUUGGACUUGUACAGAGAAACUGAGUCCACUUUGUUCAGCUCAUCUUUGUUUGAUUCUCUGCUUCGACAUCGUGUGCAUGUGACCACUUUUCAGCCAACAAUAAAAAUCACUUCCUUUA